AUGGGAGUUCUGUUAUCUUUGCCAAUAGCGGCUUCAACGGCUGCGGCUUCCUUUUUUGCAUCCCUUUUUGGCUCGCUUUCUUCGACUGUCUUAGUGUCAUCUUUCAAGUCCUUAAGUGGUGGGUCCAGCUCUUUAGCAACGAGAUUAAACUAUGCCGCUUUGUUGCUCAUAAACUCUCUAGCAUCCUGGAUUUCUAUGUCGUCGAACUAUGCGUUUUUGUGGCGACGGAAAACUUGCACUUCAACUGGAGAGUGUGGGUUUUUCACGGUCCAUCGCCUAAACUUCGCGCUGGGCUUGCUUCACCUUAUACUUUCAUCCGUUAUGGUAAACGUAAAGUCUACAACAGACCGUCGAGCUUCGCUACAAAACUCGUGGUGGCUCAUGAAACUGGUGGCUUACGUUCUACUCGUGGUGCUGUCGUUCACAAUCCCCAAUCAGUUUUUCGUGUCUUUCUCUAAAUGGGUCUCGGUUCCAUCUGGAUCGCUGUUCAUUCUCAUUGGACUCAUUCUGUUGGUGGAUUUCGCUCACGAAUGGGCGGAAAAAUGUAUCCAGCACGUUGAAAUGGACGACGAGAACUCUUCCAAAUGGCAGAAGUUUUUAAUCAUUGGCACAAGUGCCAUGUACCUGGGAUCGCUGGCCAUGACCAUCACCAUGUAUGUCAUGUUCUGUCAGAACAACUGCACGAUGAAUCAAAUAUCUGUCACCGUGAAUAUGCUGCUGAGCAUCAUAACAACUGGGUUGUCCGUACAUCCUAAGGUUCAGGAAUACAAUCCAAAAUGUGGAUUGGCUCAGAGCAGUAUGGUGGCCAUUUACGGAACUUAUUUGACUAUGAGCGCACUGGCGUCAGAGCCUGAUGAUCGCCAGUGUAACCCUUUUGUGAGAUCAGACAAGACUCGUAAGUUUAGCGUCGUCCUCGGAUCUCUCUUUACGUUCGUCGCCAUCGCGUAUACUACGACGCGCGCCGCUGCCAAUUCUGCCUUUAACUCAAGUGACCAGCAUAUCUUUCUAGACGGGGACGAUGAUAUCGCCUACGAAGGCGUAGGACAGAGCAGAAGUCAGCUCAGGAUCGAGGCCAUCAGACAAGCCGUCAAUGAGGGUGUUUUGCCCGAGAGCGCUCUAAAUGAUACGGUCUGGGGCAACACCUCUGACGAAAACGGCGAGAACGGUGACGACGAAAGAAUCUCGACAAAGUACAAUUACUCAUUAUUCCACGUAAUAUUUUUCCUGGCUACACAAUGGAUAGCUAUCCUAUUGACCGUCAACGUCACCAAGGAUGAUGUAGGAGACUUCAUUCCUGUUGGAAGAACCUAUUUCUACUCAUGGGUCAAAAUAAUUAGCGCCUGGAUAUGCUAUGGUCUGUAUGGUUGGACCCUUGUGGCGCCAAUGGUUUUGCCUGACAGGUUCGGGUACGACGAUUUUUGA